UUAUUGUUCAUGAAGGUAAUGAGCUCCACGCUCCAUCGUCAUUUUCCUUUCCUUUCAUCUUCAAUACUGUUUCCCGUUUCUUUCAUUUCUCAGGCCAUUGCGUUUCUGUGGAAAUCAAAUUCAUCCUUCACUUCCUUCGUUUUUGGAGAACGAUGAGCUCUCAGAAUUCCGCUGAAGACUGUCUCGGUUGGGCCGCGAGAGAUUCCUCUGGGUUUCUAUCUCCUUACAAAUUCACUCGUAGGGUUCCUGGAGAUGAUGAUGUUUCAAUUACAAUAACACACUGCGGAAUUUGUUAUGCAGAUGUAAUAUGGACAAGAAAUAAAUUAGGAGAUUCAAAAUAUCCUUUGGUGCCUGGACAUGAGAUUGCAGGAAUUGUGAAAUCUGUUGGCUUAAAUGUUCAACGAUUUAAAGUUGGAGAUCAUGUUGGGGUAGGAACUUAUGUAAAUUCUUGCAGACAAUGCGAGUACUGUGACGAUUGUCAAGAAGUUAGUUGCACGAGUGGAUCAACUCUUACUUUUAAUUCAACUGAUUUUGACGGUACAAUUACAAAGGGAGGAUACUCCAACUACAUAGUUGUUCAUGAGAGAUACUGCUACAAAAUACCUGACAAUUAUCCAUUAGCUUCAGCUGCUCCUUUGCUUUGUGCUGGAAUUACUGUUUAUUCUCCCAUGAUUCGACAUAAUAUGAAUCAACCUGGUAAAUCUCUUGGAGUGAUUGGGCUUGGUGGUCUCGGCCACUUAGCUGUGAAGUUUGGGAAGGCUUUUGGACUGAAUGUGACAGUUUUUAGCACUAGCAUAUCCAAGAAAGAAGAAGCCUUGAGCGUUCUUGGAGCAGACAAAUUUGUUCUCUCAUCUGACAAUGAGCAAAUGGAGGCCUUGUCUAAGUCUCUCGACUUUAUUAUUGAUGCUGCAUCUGGUGAUCAUCCAUUUGAUCCAUACAUGUCUACAUUGAAGAUUGGUGGGGUUAUGGUUCUGGUAGGGUUUCCUUCUCAAGUCAAGUUUAGUCCUGCAAGCCUUAAUUUGGGUAUGAGAACCAUUUCUGGUAGCGUGACUGGUGGCACUAAAGUGACCCAAGAAAUGAUCGAUUUCUGUGCUGCUCAUGGAAUCUAUCCAAACAUAGAAGUGAUUCCAAUUCAGUACUCUAAUGAAGCUAUCGGAAGGGUAACGAAGAAUGAUGUGAAGUACCGAUUUGUUAUUGAUAUCGAAGGCUCUCUAAAAUGAUCUCGAGAGGGAGAGAAAAAGGUGAUUGAGUAGUCAUAUAUGACAGUGAGAACACCAGCACCAGCAUCUUAUUUCUAUUUCUUUCGUUUGUAUAUCAAACAAAGAUUCACCUUCUUGUUUCUGUAACAGACUCCUUGUACUUGGUUAUCAUUUAGGGUAUACUUAGCCCAAGGAGUAGGAUUUAAGGGAAAGUUGUUAACUCCAUUCCUUGUUUGGUCCAUGGACUUCAUAGGUGACUAUUUAACUCCUUCA